CCUAUGUCCCUGGUCAUAUGGCCUUAUCUCGAGCUAGUCUAGCGACAGAAGCGCGUUAGGUCUGUCUCGCCCCUCUUUCUUUUAGCGUAGUCCACUCGUCGUACCCUGCUGUCCGUUUCGCGAGUUAGCCGUAAUUUUUUCCGCGCCAGUCUCCCUAGCUUCACGUAGCGGGCCAGCGGCAUGCCCUGCGCCGUUUGCUCCACGUGGCCUCGAUGACGUGGCGUCGGGACACGUGGUUCGUUAUUACGACGAAAAUGCGCCGCUCGAGCCCGAUCCGCAAUACUAACCCGGCUUUCUUUCCCAUGGCGGCCCUUCCUGUAGUCACCCCUAAUUGCCUCAUUCUGACCUCAGCGGCGCAUGCAGUGUUCCUUAUUGCAUUAAUCCUUAAUCCCCUCACCCUUCACGCGUGCGCCGACGCCGAUCGCGAGAGAUUGACAGCCCGUGCCGGCCAAUUAGAGACGCUUAGGGCCGGCAGUGACGACUGGCGGAAGGAGCAACUUUUUGACGGCGAUCGCGAUUCCGACUUGGUGUCGCUCUCGCCGCCACUGCACGGUGCUGCAACUUCCACCUCGAUCGCAGGAGUGCGCGCAUUUCACGCGAGUGCAUUAGGCGAUAUCACGACCAAAAUUCACGGUAGCAGCAGGAGCGAUCUUAGCGGUAUUAGCAGCAGCAGCAGCAGCAGGAGCGAGGUUAGGAGCAGCGGCAAGCCGCAGUGGCCGAACCGGCCGCACGUGUUCGACCUGGCGGACUUCGGCGGCGUGGGCGACGGCGCGACGGACAACACGCGCGCGCUGCAGAACGCCGUGUACGCCGUCAGCACCGUCGCCGACAAGGGCGGCGGGCAGCUGUACGUGCCGCCGGGUGUGUACCGCACGGGCAGCGUCAACCUCACGAGCGCCAUGACGCUGUUUCUUGCGCGAGGCGCCACCAUCCUCGGCAACCCGGACCCAGCGCUAUGGCCGGUGAUUCCCCCUCUGCCGUCGUACGGGCGGGGCCGGGAGAUGCCUGGGCCGCGCUACAGCAGCCUGCUGCACUGCCACAACCUCACGGACGUCGUCAUCACAGGCGACAACGGCGUGGUGGACGGCGCGGGCGCGGCGUGGUGGCAGAUGAAGCGCGCGGGGGUGCUGAAGCACUCAAGGGGGGCGCUCAUAGAGGCCAUGUGGACCUCGGGAGUCACCGUCGCCAAUGUCACUCUCAGAGAUGCGCCGGCGUGGGCGCUGCACCCCGUGUACUGCGACCAUGUGCAGGUAUCCAAUGUGACUAUAACGGCGCCUCCAGAUUCGCCCAACACCAUUGGGAUCGUCAUCGACUCCAGCGAGGACGUGCUUAUAGAGGGUGUGACAGUAUUAACUGGAGGUGGCGGCAUCAGCAUAAAGAGCGGGUGGGACGAGUACGGGCUGGCCUUUGCGCGCCCCACCCACGCAGUCACCAUCCAGGACAGCCACAUCGAGUCGCCCCUCGCCACCGCCCUCUCCAUCGGCAGUGAGAUGUCGGGCGGCGUGCACGCGCUGCGCUGCCGCCACGUGUCCAUCGCCCACUCGCGCGCCGCCUUCCACCUGCGCACCGCGCCCGGCCGCGGGGGGUACAUCCGAGACGUGCUCCUGGAGGACGUGACUAUGCUGAAUGUGACUGUGGCGCUGGCCUUCCUGCCCACGUGCCGCAGCCACCCCGACGACCACUUUGACCCCGCCGCGCUGCCCCGCGUGUCCAACAUCUCCUUUGCCUCCAUCUCCGGCUCCCUCAUCUCCGAAGCUGGGCGGCUCAUCGGCCUGGCUGCAGCCCCGUUCACAGACGUUUCGUUAUCGGAUGUAAACCUGCAGCUGGUGGAGGGGGGCAAGGGGUUUAGCUGCCAGCAUGUGGACGGGCACGCGAGGAACGUGUCUCCUGCCAUCUGCCCUGAGCUGUCCGCUAUAGAGGCAGGCCCGCUAGAGUGUGGAGGAUGCUCUUCGUUCAGGGGGCUUGGUGAACGGUGACGGGGAGGGUAGACUUAAGGCUAGUGGUACACUGUAAAGACACCCAUGGAGUUACUUCGACGGUAGUGGCUGUAAUGAGUGGGUGGUCUGUCCGCGUGUAGCUGAAGCAGGGGGUCGUAACACCUCGUUAUGGCUACCCCCCUUGCAUGCAGGUACUGCAUUCAUCAAUACGCCAGUCUAAUAUGCUGACAAAACAUCUCGCCAUGUGUAGACCAGGGUUUCAGCUAGGAUUUAGGGCUGUCUGAAAAUCAGACGGGUUUCCAAGGUUUUUUGACCAUCAGACGAACAUUUCAAGGAGUCUGAGAUUUCAGACGAAUUUUUCCC